UUUACUCUGGAGACUUUCGAGGAGAAAGGGGUAUUUGCGAGUGUUUUUGCACUGUGGGACGGAAAGUGGAGUUUUAUUUGAUAAUCGUUCCUUUUAUUUGGACGAUCGUAUUCCUUUCUUUCAUCUGUUUUACCUUGAAUUUAAAAGCCAAUUGUCAGUCGAGUUGCAACAAUGCCUGUGUUUCACACAAAAACGAUAGAAAGUAUCUUGGAGCCAGUGGCUCAACAAAUUUCUCAUCUAGUGAUUAUGCAUGAAGAGGGUGAAGUCGAUGGGAAAGCAAUACCUGACCUUACCGGUCCCGUUGCUGCUGUACAGGCAGCUGUCAGCAAUCUGGUCAGGGUUGGGAAAGAGACAGUACAGACAACUGAAGAUCAGGUCAUGAAGAGAGAUAUGCCACCAGCCUUCAUUAAGGUUGAAAAUGCCUGCACUAAAUUGAUCCAGGCUGCACAGAUGCUAAAGGACAAUCCAUAUGCUGUACCUGCACGUGAUUACCUCAUUGAUGGUUCUAGAGGUAUUCUCUCUGGAACUUCAGACUUACUGUUGACAUUUGAUGAAGCGGAGGUUCGUAAAAUCAUCCGUGUCUGCAAAGGCAUCUUGGAAUAUCUCACAGUAGCAGAAGUGGUUGAAACUAUGGAGGAUUUGGUGACCUAUACCAAAAACUUGGGUCCAGGAAUGACUAAAAUGGCUAAGAUGAUUGAUGAAAGACAACAGGAAUUGACCCAUCAAGAGCACAGGGUUAUGCUGGUAAAUUCCAUGAACACAGUGAAAGAACUUCUUCCUGUACUGAUUUCAGCUAUUAAGAUUUUUGUGACGACAAAGCAGUUCAAAAGCCAAGGAGUGGAAGAAGCUCUAAAGAACCGUAAUUUCACUGUGGAAAAGAUGAGUACCGAAAUCAAUGAAAUCAUUCGUGUUCUGCAGCUAACAUCUUGGGAUGAAGAUGCUUGGGCUAGCAAGGAUACAGAAACUAUGAGAAGAGCUUUAGCUAUGAUUGACUCAAAGAUGGACCAGGCCAAGAGCUGGCUAAGUGACCCUAAUGCACCUCCAGGUGAUGCUGGGGAGCAGGCUAUCAAACAAAUAUUGGAUGAAGCUGGCAAAGUUGGAGAACUUUGUGCAGGCAAAGAACGAAGGGAAAUUCUAGGCACUACGAAAGCUUUAGGCCAGUUGACUGACCAAGUAUCUGAACUCCGAGCCAGAGGUCAAGGGGCUACACCUAUUGCCAUGCAAAAAGCACAGCAAGUAUCCCAAGGACUCGAUAUGUUAACAGCCAAGGUGGAGAAUGCAGCCAGGAAGCUGGAGGCAAUGACUAAUUCAAAACAGGCUAUUGCCAAAAAAAUAGAUGCUGCUCAGAGCUGGUUGGCAGAUCCACAUGGAGGUCCUGAAGGAGAAGAGCACAUCCGUGGUAUUUUAACAGAAGCUAAGAGAAUUGCAGAUCUUUGUGAAGACCCCAAAGAACGAGAUGAUAUACUACGUUCGAUUAAUGAAAUAGGAGCAUUGACAGCCAAGCUGUCUGACCUGAAAAGGCAAGGUAAGGGUGAUACCCCAGAAGCACGUGCUUUGGCAAAGCAAAUUGCAACCACACUACAGAACUUACAGACCAAGGCAAACCGAGCAGUGGCAAAUAGUAGGCCUGUAAAAGCAGCAGUCAAUUUGGAAGGCAAAAUCGAGCAAGCCCAGCGUUGGAUUGAUAAUCCUACAGUUGAUGGGCGUGGUGUGGGCCAAGCAGCUAUUCGUGGACUUGUAGCUGAGGGCCGUCGACUGGCAAAUGCAAUGAUGGGCCCUUAUCGCCAAGAGCUGGUUGGAAAGUGUGACAAAGUAGAACAGCUAGCUGGACAACUUGCAGAUUUGGCAGCUCGGGGUGAAGGUGACAGUCCUCAGGCCAGAGCAAUUGCUGCACAAUUGCAGGAUGCACUAAAGGAUCUAAAAGGCAAAAUGCAAGAAGUCAUGACCCAGGAAGUAUCUGAUGUUUUUAGUGACACUACCACUCCAAUUAAGUUGCUUGCUGUAGCAGCCACAGCUCCACCAGAUGCACCAAACAGAGAAGAGGUGUUCGAAGAGAGGGCAGCAUAUUUUGAGAACCAUGCUGCCAGACUUGGUGCCACGGCAGAGAAAGCUGCUGCUGUUGGGGCUGCAAAUAAAAGCACCGUAGAAGGUAUACAGACAGCUGUGAAAUCUGCUCGGGAGUUAACACCACAGGUGGUUUCAGCUGCUCGCAUCUUGUUGAGAAAUCCUGGUAACCAAGCAGCAAAUGAACAUUUUGAAACCAUGAAAAACCAGUGGAUUGACAAUGUUGAGAAAAUGACAGGUUUGGUGGAUGAAGCGAUUGACACCAGGUCUCUUCUGGAUGCCUCUGAGGAAGCUAUCAAGAAAGACAUAGACAAGUGCAAAGUAGCCAUGGCUAACGUACAACCUCAAAUGCUAGUUGCUGGAGCAACAAGCAUUGCCCGUCGUGCAAACCGAAUUCUUUUGGUUGCUAAGAGAGAAGUCGAAAAUUCAGAAGACCCAAAAUUCCGUGAAUCAGUGAAAGCAGCAUCUGAUGAUCUCAGCAAGACUAUUUCUCCUAUGGUAAUGGAUGCUAAAGCUGUUGCUGGGAACAUUUCAGAUCCUGGUUUGCAGAAAAGUUUCUUGGAUUCAGGAUAUCGAAUUUUAGGUGCUGUAGCCAAAGUUAGAGAAGCCUUCCAACCUCAAGAACCAGAAUUUCCUCCUCCUCCACCUGACCUUGAUCAACUUCAUCUGAAUGAUGAACCUGCUCCUCCCAAACCACCACUUCCUGAGGGUCAAGUUCCUCCACCAAGACCACCUCCCCCUGAGGAAAAAGAUGAAGAAUUCCCUGAAAUGAAAGCUGGAGAAGUAGUCAAUCAGCCUAUGAUGGAGUCUGCUAGGCAGUUGCAUGAUGAAGCCAGAAAGUGGUCUAGCAAGGUAAAGCUGAUUAUCAAUGAAGCAAUUGAGGCUGAUGUAGAUGUGUAUGAUGGUGAUGAUGAUGAUGAUGAUGACGAUGAUGUUGAGUUGACUCUUCCCUCUGAUAAUGAAGAUGAGUACGAACCUGAGCUACUUUUAAUGCCUCCAAAUCAGCCAGUUAACCAGCCAAUUCUGGCUGCGGCUCAAUCUUUGCACCGAGAAGCAAGAAAAUGGUCUAGUAAGGGUAAUGACAUUAUUGGUGCUGCGAAGAGGAUGGCUUUGUUGAUGGCAGAAAUGUCACGACUGGUGCGUGGUGGUAGUGGAAACAAACGUGCCCUCAUUCACUGUGCUAAAGACAUAGCUAAGGCAUCUGACGAAGUGACACGAUUGGCAAAGGAAGUUGCCAAACAAUGUACUGAUAAGCGAAUCAGGACUAACCUUCUUCAGGUGUGUGAACGCAUCCCAACUAUCAGUACGCAACUUAAAAUUCUUUCUACUGUGAAAGCUACAAUGUUGGGACGCACUAAUAUUAGUGAAGAGGAGUCUGAGCAGGCUACGGAAAUGUUGGUUCAUAAUGCUCAGAACCUGAUGCAGUCUGUUAAGGAAACUGUACGAGAAGCAGAGGCAGCUUCCAUUAAGAUCAGAACAGAUGCAGGAUUCACCCUCCGUUGGGUUCGAAAAACUCCAUGGUACCAAUAAAACCGAGAGGAUUUCCUUGUCUUUGCCAUCUUGGUGCAUUAAGGGAGAAUUUCAUAUGAAAGAACAAAUGUUCUUCAUCUAAUUGGAGAGUAAGAGGAAUCAAAUUGGCAAUAUAUUUUAGUGUUAACAAUUCUAAUCUACAGCUUUCACUAGUAACAAAACCUCUGAAAGUUAACAGUAUAUUCAUUUAGUGUAUGCAAUAUUAAUUUGAAUUAUGCAAUGAUUAGCUGCAUAUUGAAACUUGCUCUAUUUUCACUUGUUUUCCUGAAAUCUCACAUUAAGAACUGAGAUUCCUAUUCCUAAUUUAUCCCUGUUAAACAGAAUCAAUCAUACAUUUAACAAAACAGACACAGUGAAGCUCUUGUUUGUUCAUGUCCUGCCAUUUCCAAAUAUACAGAACUGCUGUCCGUCAAUAGACAAAACGUGUGGCUUUAACCUAUAACCAGCUUAAUAUAUACUAAAAGGUUUUUUUUCUUCGAAUGGAGUAUGGCACAUUUUGGGGAGCCAUAUGGCUGAUCUGUCUUGAUUCUGAAGCUCGUCAUGUGUUCAGUACUGUUACACAGAUACUUUGUGCUUGCUGUGGCCAAGCUGUGCUAUGGCAGCGUAUGUGCUUAGUUACUUAUUAAGUUUGUUUAUUUGCUGUUCUUUAGGUCCCUGAUCAUUAAUUCAGUUUUAAGCCAAAGACACUAUGUUAAAUGACUUGAUGACUGGUAUAGUUUGAGAGAUGCACUACUAAUCAUGGAACAUGGUCUAUUAUGUCAUAUGCAUUUGGCCUGAUGGAUAUUGAAAACUAGCAAUUGAAAAAUGCACAUAUGAAUAUAAAAUUGAUUUGCUGAAAUUCUGAUAUAGUGCAGUGUUUAAGCAUGUUUUGAAUACUUGUAGCUAUUGGAAUGAAGUACUGAAGGGAUUAUUAGUUUUUACUAACUACAUCACAUUGUUUAAAGUCUGGACUGAAUCUAAAAUGGUAUGAUGAUUGACAGUUUAAAAUUUGCUUUGUUAGUCAAAUGAUGAGGAAAUGACUUUUUGCAUUCUGUUAUUUAAUGAGGUGACAAUUGGAUGCAUAAGUGUUUAAAAUGCUUUUUAUGAACUACAAAAAGUCAACUUAGAUUGGUUUGUUUCUGUGAAAAUAAAUGAAUGCAUGUUAAUCAUUGCCAGGGAAAUUGGUUGUUCAGUAUUUUGAAUACAUUUAGCCUUUUUUGAAAUAUCAAACUAUUUACUCAAAUUUCAGUGUGUGGGUACUUUUAAUCUGAAAUGUACACAAUUGCUUCACAGUAUGUUUAAUUUUGCAGUUGUGCAUAAUUUCCAUGGGGAUCUGAAGGAUCAAGCAUUUCCAAAUGAACAGAUUUGACUAUGUUUUGUGUAUUGCCCUGAGUGCUCAUGUACAAUUGUUCAAAAUGUGUAUUUUUCCAUAUGACAAGCAUUAUAAUAUUCAACUAGUUAUAAACCUUCACAAUAUCUGUUCCCUGCAUUUAAAUGAUUUCAGUAAUUGUUCUCUUUUUAAAAAAAAGUAUUUAUUGAAAUGUAUUUUCCAAAAUGUCCUAUCCAGACUAGUUUUAAAUCUAAGAUUGAGUUGAAGAAAUAGAAAACAUGGAGGAUAAUUAAACAAUUAUUUUGUGGCAUUUGACUUGUUUUAAAUAAUAUUAUCUGCAUUUUUAUUAAAAUUGGCAGUUACAUCUAUAAUAAAAAUUUCACGCAUAUGCAAUUUGUGGCCUUAGUUUGCCAACACAUUUUUCAAAAAAAGAAAAAUGAAAAGAAUGGAAAAUAAAAAGGAUGAAAAAUGAAACUAUUAUGCCUACAAUUCUUAAGGGACUGGCGCUUUUUUAUCUCUCCACAGAUGGCUUUGAUAAGCAUCAUGAGUGUGAUUAAAUUAUACUUUUAUUACUUGUGUGCUGAGAGUAUUGGUGUACAAAAUGCUGGUAAUUUAUUUAUUUGGAAACUUGCCACAGUUAAGUUUGUUAUUGAUAAAUGCUAGUAACUUCAAUACUUUGUUCAUAUGGAGCUUUUUAAAGUUCUUUCUUAGGGGGAAGUGUCCCACUGGCAAAGCUAGCAUUUUUCUUCUUAAUUUCCUUUUGAGAAAGUGGUGGUGAAUUACUGCUAUAGGCAGCAGUUCAAAUUGUAAAGUCAAAAGAUAUCUUGGAACUAUUGUUAGUCUUCAGCACUUCACACUUGGCAGCUGUGAAAAUUAAGUGACUACAUGCCUAUUAUUCAAGUUUUUAAAAAAACGUAUCAUAAACUAGUAGACUUGAUCUUUGAUAAAUCUUUUUGAGAGAUAGCCUUAAUACAAAUAGAGAAUCCAUUACACUUCAGUACUGGUGUAUAUUGUAAUGGUUCUUACUUAGUUCAGUUUUCAUUUUCUUGCAAAAGACUACUUAUUCUUCGUGGAGAAAGUGAGGUCUGCAGAUGCUGGAGAUCAGAGCUGAAAGUGUUGCUGGAAAAGCGCAGCAGGUCAGGCAC